ACACGCAAAAUCGAAUUUCAUUAUCAGAAGUGCGGAGUGUUGUGUAAUUUUUCAAUAAAUACCGAAUGAAGGAGAAAAAAACCGAAAGAUAAGGCGAAUGGAAGAUACCACAUAGACUAUAAUUAAAUUCUCGAAAGAUAGUGGCAGAAGAUGAAAUGAAUAAAGAAAAAAAUGCUGACGCCAGGCACUUUCUGUAAACGUUCAAUCAAAGUAUAGCAGAAGAGUGCAAAGUGUAUAUAGUGAGAGUGAUACAAAAUGGGUGAAUCCAUCAUGCCAAUCUUUGCUGAUCGCCUCCGUAGUGCAGACACACUCAUUUACGAAAUUGAAACCACUCUUGGGCUGGAUACAGACAACUCAACAGCUGCUACAUCAGUGUCAGCAACAUUGCGUCUCUACGACAUCUUCAUUCCCCUCCUUGGCGUCUUCAUAAUUCUCCUCAACUUGGCUGUGGUUAUUUCCAGCGGAUUGAUCCUCAAAAGAGGUCAGCAGCCAAGAAGCACUUAUAUGUUCCUGGGAAAUGUAGCUCUCUCCGAUUUAGUGACUGGUAUUGCUGUGCUCUUUGGCCAAUUCUAUCCACGAGAGUAUCGAGAUGAGCAUUCAUGUGCUAUUCAAAUUGGCAUGAUUGUCUCCUCCACGGUAACAUCUGUGUACAGCGUAGGGCUUAUUGCCAUCGACAGAUUCCUCUAUAUACUCUACGGACUGCAGUAUCAAAGGUGGAUCUACCCCAACAGGACGCGAAUUCUCAUACUAUUCACAUGGAUCCUCGGUUUGAUAAUCGGAUUCCUGCCGGCCAUGGGGUGGCGCGGCGACACGGACAAUGGCCGUGUGUGUUGGUUUAUCGUGCUAGCGCCACCGGAAUUGGUGCUGCUGACCACCAUCCUGGGCCUCCUGCCCAUCCUCCUCGUGGUCGUGCUGUACAGCAUAAUCCUCUACCACGCUCUCCGCCGGGUGAUCGCACUGAACAAGGCCACACAGCAGCACACUGGCGUGCAGAGUGGCACACUUCGGAUGCACGUAGGCGCCUCCACCCAGACCCUCAACGAGGAGACGCUUGCAGCGGCGACCACAUCCGAUACGGAAGAGCCCUUGCAGCCACGGAGGAGAUUUCUUCGAUUUCUAUCGCGGCGAAGAGCGAAGAGCAGGACGAAUGUACGCCAGACAACCGGAAAAUCGCCCAGCAAAUGGAAAGCAAUUAAAGUGGUGCUAUUUACCACGGGGAGUUUCGUCUUUACCUGGGUGCCAUACUUUAUCGCCUCCACAAUGUACGUGAAUUGCGAUCCGCAGGCAACGCCAGAGUUCUGCACGAGCCUCCGAAUUGCCAUUGCCAGUCCGCUGGCAAUUCUCGGUUUCGCCAACAGCCUUCUCAAUCCCAUUAUCUAUGCGUGGUGGCACAAUGGCUUCCGGGAGACGAUGAAGAAAAUCUGCUGCGGUCGAUGCCGCAAGACGUCGGAGGAGCACGGCAGCUCCAGUUCGCAGCGGAGCAGAAGCACGCCCGCCACAAGCCCCGCCACCGCAGCCCCAUCAGCCACGAGCCACUCCGGACGGGCGAACAGUGGGAGUGACACGGAUCUGGCUCAGCACUCGCCCGACGACUCCGACAUUGAGAGCACUCCAAGUACACGUGCCAAGACCUACGUCAACCCCUUGCCUGACAUAUCACCCAGCGCAAGAUCUUCAUCCCCCGCAACAUUUAUGACAAAAGUCUCAGAAGGCGGAAUGAGCAACAGAGGCAGAAAUUCAGUUCCUAAUUCGCUUUCAUAUCACUAGAUAGCUGACUUUGCAGGAAAUUGUGGAAUCACAGCACGAAAAGGACGCUUAGAAUAACCGUGUGUGUGUGAAAUAGUCUUCAAAAGAGUAGUAAUACUAUGUUAUUUUUAUGAUUUCGAUUAUGAAAUGCAUGUGUAAAAUAGAAUUAGUUCAUUCCGUUCAUUCAGUUAUAAGUUAGCUUUAAAAUAUUUCACAAAAAUGAACAUUUAUGAAUAGGAAACAAAUAAAAUGGCACUAAAUCAUAAUUUAAUUUUCAUGACUUGCAUGAAUAAAUAUAAAAAGUUUUAAUAUUCCCGUACUGUAAAGAAUCCCAAUUAAAUAAAGUUAUUAAAAACAAUAUUAAUUUAAAUUGGAGCUUUGACUGGUCAUUCGGAAAAAGUGUUGCGAAGAAGUGAUUACCAAAUAUUGCCAAAGCGUUGAUAGGUAUUUAACAAGGUAGUUAAGGACUAUAAUGGAAAUUGAUUUAAAAAAAAAGUCAAUUAUAAACAUAUAUAAACUUAUGUAAUCGAAAUUUGUCAGUAUAGAAAAAUAACAUGCAAUUUUAGUCUCUCAUUUAAACGUAACUCUGGCCUUUGAAAGCAAAGUGCUUUUUGUGCUAGAUAUAUGCAAAUCUACUUUCAGAUGGAAAAUUCAUCUAUAUAUUAAUAUUUAAAAACCUCUAUUCAAUUGGAAAUCCAACUAAUUUCCGGAAUGGUUAGAGUGUCACGUCUGCCCAAAGCCUACCACGAUUCUCCAUUUCGCUUCAUUUAGCUGUGAUUUCCAUUCCCUCUCAUGCAGUUGGACAUUAUAAAUUAUUUCGCAAAAUUUGAUAUGUUUGCCAGAUAAUAAAUGUAUCCAAAUAUGCUAUGCAAAUUGCAAACCUAUUUUAAAAUAAUUAUUUACGAGGACGGUUGAAAGUCGAUCAAAAUUACGAAAUAUUUUAUUUGCAAAUAAAUAUCAAAGUUGGAAGCUAUAUUUUGAUACAGAUACAUUGGAUUUAAUUGUAUUAUUUUUGUUUGAUGUUGAAAAAAAAUCAAAACAAACCAUUAUAUUAUAUUUACUCUGCUGAUAACUGAAAGUUUCAAUUGCUAGAUAAAUUCUUGCUUGAAUCAAUAAAAUGAUACAAAAUGCAUACGUAUGUCAGUAAAGCGGUAUGCAAGAAGGGUUUGCAAUUAAAAACUCUAAUUAAAAUAUUUCAAUAAUAUUUAGUUUAAUCCACACGAAAACAUUGAAAGGUGAAUUUCAUUACCACAAAUCCUUCUCUAAUUAAGAGAUGAUUAAUAUAAUUUGAAUCGUAAAGUAGUUUCAAUUAUAUUAAACUGACUGAAUAUAAGCUCAAAGUUUGUAAGAAACUAUUAUGACACUUGGCAUUAAUUAGAGUAUUUUACUCUGACAAGAGUAAAAAGUUACAAUUAAAAAGAGUAUCUUGAAAAAUCUGUGUCUAAUUCUGUACGAUAAAAGCGAAAAAUCACGACUGUUUCUUGUAAAACG